AUCUGUAUAGGCCCCUUUAAGUCUAUCAACAGAGUCAGUGUCUCUGGAACCAUUCAAGUCAAUAGUGAAAUGUUUGUUAGCACGAUAAGGUCCUAAGUAAAGUUUAGUGAAAGGACUUCUCUGGCGAAAACGUGGAUCCACGAAGCUAUGUCCCUCGGGACUGCAGGUUUCACGGUUUGGUGCCGAGUGUUCAUCGGCCGAAGGUCUUGAAGGUAUGUACGAAGGUGGUUCACAUAAAGAGUAGGAUCUUGAGUCGACAGAUCUACUGGGACAAGCAUCUGCUCCGGUAAAGACAAUGGAACACCAUACAGCAGCUCAGCUGGAGAGAAACCGAGGUCUUCCUUGAACGAAGUUCGAAUGCCAAGGAGUACUAUUGGGAGGUACUCGAUCCAGCAUUGAUUAUCAGGAUAAGCGUGAAACGCGGCUUUAAACUGUCGAUGGAAGCGCUCCACUAUUCCGUUUGGAUUCACUCAAAAGACUCCUAAAAAGUAGUUGAUAGCUUCUGUCAUCUAAGAGACAUAAUCAGUAACAGAGGAGAUCGUUGUAAAAAUACGGUGGCCACAGAACAACGAGGUGAAAAAAAAAAGCGUUUGUAAAAAAUAAUGUUACUUCUGUUGACAAUAAAAGGGUUCUAUCUUUGAGUGAAGAGAAGAUUGUAUGAUGAUUGUAUAAAAAGUCGAUUCUAUGAGGUAACGAAACAAGGACGUCGAAAGCAGACGGUGUAUGAAAGCUGAAAAGAAACUAAAUCCGAGUAUGUUUCGCUGGAUGUGUAAUAUUUGCGUGCAUGAAAGACGGAACACAGAUAAGCAGUCUUAGAUUUAAAAUAUCAGUGUGUAUACUGGCACUCCGUCGGUUACGACAGCGAGUGUCACAGAUGAUCCGAUCAGCGGAACAGCUUGCUCGUGAAAUUAACGUGCGAGUGGCUGAGUACACCACAGACACGCCUAUUCAGCGUGACACGGAAUGUAACAGCACAUCCUUCUCCAGUCUCACUUUUCUUUUCAAAUAAAAACUUGAAAAAGUUGAUGAGGGCUUGACCAAAGAGGAAAGGUGUCUGUCUUCAGUUCUUUCUGUCUUGUCCAUCACAGAACAUCUUUCACCGGACACUAAAGCCUGUCUAACAAUAAUGAUAAUGAUUUCUUUAUUAACUAUAUGGAUUGGCAAAAAGGGAUCGAGGCCCGUGCAGGACGAUACUGUGUAGAAGUGCCUAAAAAGCAUUACCGUUUAUAUUACAGAGCGUCUGUGAUUACUGCUUCCGCAAUAAAGGUAAGACAGGCAGACAAACAGACAGAUUCAAAGUCAUUGAGUACAGUUUCCUGUUUUCGAAUCCACCUAUUUUGUAACGGAGGCAGUUUGGUGGAUGUGAUGUAAGAAUCAAUGAUAGCGAACUGAGUAUUUGAAAGAUAUUUUAUUUUAUUCACUCUAGAAGGAUGGAAGAUAGUCAACUUCAGCUGCAUUUGAAACUGUAGCGCAAAUGAUAGUUCCUAGAAUCGACAAAUAAUGCAGAAUGCUUUCAGAAGAUUCCAAGUAUGAAUCUACGAAGUUCAGUAAUGAUUACAACACAACUAGAGUUAUUUGUUAUAUUUGUGGUAUUGACUGUACUCCAAAACAUUCAUGCCAGCAUGAAACACUUUGUCUAAAGGACUGGCUCAAGGAAAACCACACAUUUGACUAUUUUGCACCCCAACAGCCCAAACCAUACCCAGAUCCUUUCCUUUCAAGUGCAAAGCAAAUACAUAGAUACAAUCAAAAUGCAGCAGACACUGCAGUACAUUGCCUUGAUAUCACACCCAAAGCAAACAAAAAACACGAUCUAAAGAAAAUUCCAGCUUUAGGUUUGAAACAACCGAACACUCUGAUUCAACCACAGAGAUUUGUACGCCAGGACGAACAGGACUAUGUUGUAAGAAAAAAAAUUCAGGAUAAAGUUGGUUUUUUAAAGAAUGCAGAUGAAAAGCUCCCAAAGACUAUUCUACACAGUGUGCUAGUCAAAACCAUGCAGAAAUAUGCACCACUCUUACCUGAACCUAGUGCUCCAAACAGAAUCCCUAGAGAACACCUGUACGGUUACAAUGUUGAUGAGCUGAAUUCAACCAACAAGCUUAUUCUAAAGCCAUGCUAUAUUGCAACUGAACAGUUGAUAAAAAGUGGAUUGCCAAGUCAUGUGGGACUGGCAUCGAGACGACCAGUUCAAAUAUCAUCCAAAAUAACUACAAUUUAAUCAGGAUAACAUUCUUAGCCAUUUCUGCCCCAAACCUGGAAAUGCAUAGAAUAAAAUAUGCAUGAAGAAAGAAAAAUACAUGCACAUGAUAGCCCAUAUAGUACAUAUAUAUAUAUGUGUAUAUAUAUAUAUAUAUAUAUAUAUAUAUAUAUGUAUGUAUGUGUACUUAUAGAUAUAUAUAUGUAUGUAUGUUUAAAUAUAUAUAUGCAUAUGUAUGUUUUUGCAUGUAUAUAUAUUUAUUUAUCUGUUAGUUUCUCUCUCCGUCUCUAUAUAUAUACAUGCACACACAUAUAUACAUGCAUACAUAUAUGUGUGUGUGAUAUACAUUUACAUUUAUGCAUAGAGACAUACAAACAUUCAUAUACAUACAUAUACACACACUUAUGUGUGUGUUUAUGUAUGUAUACAUAUAUACACAACUGUAUCCAUAUUUUCUCAUAUUUUUGUAAUCUUUUAUUUGAUUUCCAAUUCCAUUAGCUGUGAUCUUAUUGGAACUACACACAGAUAUGCACAUAAGAACAAAACAUUGCAAUUAAAGACAAAUAAUUUACUCGUCAGCCUGUGUAGUUUUAAUUCAGCUAACAGCAUAUCCCACAAUGCAUUAGAUUGCUGUGAAACUAUCAUUCUGUAAUGAAUGAUGGCUCUGUAGGUAAAACCAAUUCUGCAUAAAUGGCUACAUGUAACUUGAAACUGUGAAACUGUCAACUGCACUUCUAAACUAGCUUUCACUUCAAAAAAACAUAUAAAAUAAAAAAAAUGCUGCUGUAUAUUUUAAUCCACUCCAUAUAAAAUUAACAAAAUAUUUUUCAGGAAUAAACAAAAUGGCUGUUUUUAAUUUCUCAA